AUGGCGGGGCGGCCUCCCGGGGAGGGGGGGACACCCCUGGGCGGCCCCGGCGGCGGGGAGAGCGGGCGAGGGGGGCUCCCGCCGAACUACAGCUCCCACAAGGCCAACCGCGGCCUCUCGCCGCCCGCCAACGCCGCCCGCCGCGGCCGCACCGGAACUACGCGGACCACAAUGCACCGCGGCGGCGGCGCCGCGCCGGAACUACCCGCCCCACACUGCGCUGCGCCCCCGCCCCUGCCGACUACCGCUCCCGGGGCGCCGCGGCAGGCCAAGCCCCUCGCGGCAGGCCACGCCCCUCCCUCCCGUGAGGCGCCGCGCGGCGAGAUCUCGCGAGAUGCGGCUGGCGGGAGGCGGUGCGGCCGUUACUCUGUCGGCCGUUCCGCCGCCAUGGCCGACAGCCGUCUCCGGGCCCGCCGCGGCCUCAGGCGCAGCGGCCGUUACCCGGCACGGACAGCGGCGAAGGCCAUAUCUGAUUCAGGAAAGGACAACUCUGGCAGAAGCACCUUGGUGAAGCAGAGACCGGCUGUGUUCCCUGAUCUCGGCAAUGACACGCCACGGAUUAUGCUCAAGAGAAUCAUCCGGACCCAACCUCAAGUUUCACCUCUAGCACCUCAGAUAUCUACAUAUGAAGAAACAGAAGAAGCUCGAUCAGAACUCCCAUCGAAGAGGAUUUCUAGCACGGUGGAAAUGCAACUGCCAGACCUUGUUCCUGAGCACACGUCUAUCGCCACAUUCCAUAUGACUAAGAAGAGAAAGAAACUCAGCAUUUCUGAAUUUGAGAGAGCGGCAGACAAACGGCUUCCCCAAAACCAAGCUCAGUCAACAUUGGACAGCACUGCUUUAGCUCGAUCCCUUCGCAUGUCUCUUGGUUCCUUGAUCGCACCAGACACUGUUGAAAAGAGAGGCUUGCUGCGGAGGCCAAAAAGUCGCAAAGCUAUUGACGUGGAAGCUUUUGAAGGUGGAGUGGAACAGAACAUGCUGAAGAGAAAAGCAGAGGACUAUCUUCUGGAUUCACAUACAGCAUCUGGGAUUCAAACAGCCCCGCUGACGAGUGAUGCGGAAAUCAUGCUGAAUAACACAGAGCUCUUCGUUCAGCCUCAGUUUGAUGAACAGAGCCAAAAUAAGCUUUCUGCUCUUGAACCACAGCUAUUGGAUUCAAAAACUUCAGCCCAGAGAAGCAAGAUUUCUGAUGCAGCUCAAGAGGAAGCAGGGCUGGUGGGCCUGGUAUCCAGUGUGGGCACAAAUGAGGGAAGGACCCAAAGAUAUUCUGAGGACUUAAUCCUUGAUCGUGAGCAUGUUGACAGAAUGACUCAUUUAUCUCCAAAAACACCCACAAACCAGCGAGAAGAUAAGCAAGAUCAUUCCCGGCGGAGUAACCCAAUGGAGCAGCUUUCUGUUUCGGAAGAGGUGGUGGUUGGCACUGCAGAGCAUCACGCAAAUGCUGGAUAUUCUGAACAUUUGGAGAAAAAACUGACCAAAAAAGCAGAAUUGCAGAUAGCCACUGCACAGGAUGCCAGAGUCGAAACAGAAAUGGCCCCUUCGGAAGAGGGAGUAGCAGAAGGCAUUGUUGAACACCAAGGCUCUCCCGAAGCUGAGCAGGAGAUUGUCGAAGGUGUUGGAGCUGGAAGUCUGGGCAGGCAUUCUCAUGCUUUUUCGUCCUCUGGAAAAUCUGGGAUGAAGCCAUUAAAAGAAGCUGUUGAACAAGCAGAUGAACUAGAGGACCAGGCUAUCAUGGUAGAAUUCGGUAGUCCAGGAGAAGUGCCUACUGAGGAUGAAGCUGAAGACGCUGAGAGUGAAGAAGUUUCCAUGAAGACACCUGCGUUUGUCCGUGCUGCAGCCUACAAGCUACCGCUGUCAACUCCGCGUCUGGCAAAGCCUGCUGCUCCCAAGUCUCCCCUGCAGCCGCUGCGGGCUAAGCCAGUUCCAAAGAGCUCGGGAGCAUCACGGAGGAAAACAUGUGAGCCUGCAGUUGCAAGUAGUUUGAUAAAGAACUUAUUUAGCCAUUACGUGAAAAUGCCAGUGUCCAGGGAGGCAUUCAAAAUUGUUGAAAAAUGCUCUGAGAGAUACUUCAAGCAGCUAAGCAGCGAUCUGGAAGCUUACAGCAGCCAUGCACGGAGGAAGACGGUGGAGAUGGCUGACCUGGAACUCCUCAUGAGAAGGCAAGGGCUGGUGACAGACAAGAUGCCGUUGCACGUGCUGAUAGAGCAUUACCUCCCCCUGGAGUACAGGAAGCUCCUGAUUCCGGUUGCUGUGAGUGGAAAUAAAGUGAUCCCCUGCAAAUGAAUGUGCCCCCCGGCAGCGAUGGCCCGGGUGGGUGGGAAGGUGGCCUGCUCACAGGGGCUGGUGUAACUCUUCCGUGUAACCGUUCCGUGUGACGGUUUUCCACAACGAACUGGUGGGGCAAUGAACAGUCGGUGGAUGUUCUCCUGAAUUGAGGCGGGUUGUGCCGUGGCUGUACGCCAGCCUGCUGGACUUCACCAACUGCUAUUACAAGUAAUUUAACUAUCCUGAGCUUUUUGUUACCUUUGAAUACUUGUACAGCUCUGAUAAAUAAAAUAUUGCAUGUAUUCUGCA